UGAUACAUUGUACAGCGGAGCAGCGGUGCUGGCUGUGUGGACGAGUGUUGUACUAUUGCACUGUUGAGUGGGGUUUCUUUUUUUUUUUUUUUUAUUUUUGGGGUUUUUUUUUUUUUUUUUUUGGCGUGUUGGAGGAAGAAGACUGAGGUCGAGGGGUGUCCCGAUCGUGGGAGACCAGGGCUGUUUCAGGACAGACUUACUGAGGAUCUUCGAACACAACACACUUGACUGACCGAGAUCCACCGCGCUGGAGAUGUCCGAAAACAAGCCAAAUGACGAGCCCAAGUUGUCGACCACGGAGAGGGUGGUGAAAUCCGUGCCAUUCCCUCCAAGCCACCGGCUCACAGUGAAGGAGGUAUUUGACAGCGAAGGCAAGCCCAAGGUGGACGUUCUCAAGGCCCACCUGACCAAGGAGGGACGCGUGGAGGAAGGCGUCGCCCUCCGACUCAUCUCCGAGGGGGCUGCUAUUUUGAGGUCGGAGAAGAACCUUCUGGACAUUGAGGCACCCGUCACAGUUUGUGGCGACAUCCACGGGCAGUUCUUCGACCUGAUGAAGCUCUUUGAGGUCGGGGGGUCGCCAGCCAGCACACGUUACCUUUUUUUAGGCGAUUAUGUUGACAGAGGAUAUUUCAGUAUUGAAUGCGUGCUGUACCUGUGGGCCUUAAAAAUCCUCUAUCCCAAAACGCUGUUCCUCCUCCGCGGGAACCACGAAUGUAGACAUUUAACAGAGUAUUUCACCUUCAAGCAGGAAUGUAAAAUCAAAUAUUCGGAGCGAGUAUAUGACGCGUGCAUGGACGCCUUCGACUGUCUUCCUCUGGCUGCACUCAUGAACCAGCAGUUCCUGUGCGUCCAUGGAGGCUUGUCGCCCGAAAUCACCAACCUGGACGACAUCAGGAAAUUAGAUAGGUUCAAGGAGCCCCCCGCCUACGGACCAAUGUGUGACCUACUGUGGUCGGACCCCCUGGAGGACUUUGGCAAUGAGAAGACCCAGGAUCAUUUCACGCACAACACAGUGCGCGGCUGCUCCUACUUCUACAGUUACCCUGCCGUCUGCGACUUCCUGCAACACAAUAACUUACUAUCAGUGAUCCGGGCACACGAAGCACAGGAUGCUGGGUACCGGAUGUACAGGAAGAGCCAAACCACAGGGUUCCCGUCACUCAUCACCAUCUUCUCGGCUCCCAACUACCUAGAUGUGUACAACAACAAAGCUGCAGUAUUGAAGUACGAGAACAACGUCAUGAAUAUCCGGCAGUUCAAUUGCUCCCCUCACCCCUACUGGCUGCCCAAUUUCAUGGACGUCUUCACCUGGUCCUUGCCAUUUGUCGGGGAGAAAGUAACCGAGAUGUUGGUCAACGUUCUGAGCAUUUGCUCCAACGAUGAGCUGACCACAGAUGAAGAGAUUGACGGAGCCACCGCCUCGGCGCGUAAGGAAGUAAUCCGGAACAAGAUCCGAGCAAUCGGGAAGAUGGCCAGGGUAUUCUCUGUCCUGAGAGAGGAGAGUGAGAGUGUCUUGACGCUGAAGGGCCUGACCCCCACUGGCAUGCUGCCCAGCGGGGUCCUGUCCGGGGGCAGGGAGAAGCUGCAGAACGCUACUGUUGAGGCUAUUGAGGCUGACCAAGCUAUCAAAGGCUUCUCACCCCAACACAAGAUCACGAGCUUCGAGGAGGCCAAGGGCCUAGACCGUAUCAACGAGAGGAUGCCCCCCCGGCGUGAUGCACUGCCCUCCGAUGCCAGCCUCAACUCCCUCAAUCGUGCCCUCUCCCCUGAGAGCAACGGUACUGAUGCCAAGGGUGGGGUCAGUGGCAACAUCCAGUGAUGGCAUCGAUCACCUUGGCUGCGGGGCCUGAUGGGGGGGCAGGGGGCACUCUGGCCCACUCCCCACCCACCUUGCUGCGGGGCGGAGUAGUAGGCGCCCGCAAGUUUUGCAGGGUCAAGGGACUGAGAGGGAGGGAUGACAGAGGGAUGCACGGAGAACAUUACAAUGUUAUUAAAAACUAAUUUUGGUGGCAUGUCUCUUCUUAGACUUUGGAUAUGCCUUUAAAAAAAUGCUUGUAGAAACGUGAAGAAAAAAAAAAGGUUUUGCUGGUUAAUUGCUCUAUGAAUCGAUUGUUGGGGGAUGAACCUGAUUGUGUGCUGCAUCUAGAGAGAGAAGUCAAAGGGUGUGUGGAAAGACCUUUGCUCAAUUACUGGAUAUGGAAAUUUUGUCUAUCUUCUUACUAACUCUUGUACGUUUACAAAAUACAGCACUAAAAAAUGGACAGAACAUAAGUUUUUAACAUAUAAGGGUGUACAAACUAAAUAGGGACUAUUUAUUGAUGAUAACUUUUUUUUUGCUACUCUUAUUAUAAAAAAAAAAAGCUCAAAAUAAAUUAGGCAGUCUUAAAAAAGAAGAAUGUUGCAACAUUGUUAAAAUGCCAAAAAAGGAAAGUUUUAUCGUUUUGUACAGAUUAUGCUUACCUCAGGUUUUUUGUGUGCUUUUGGCUAAACAACUCAGUAAUGGGUACCAUUUCCUUGGAGUUUAAUGACUGGAAAUUACACGUGUCUUUCCUUUGCAGAUUUUUUUUUUUUUUUGUGUUAUUUCAUUUUGUUGGGGGAUAGAAGUAUUGAAUGUGGCUUGCUGGUAUUCUGCAUCAAUGAGUGAUAAAUGUUUUUCUUUUAAUUCUGGUGAGAAGAAACACCCUUAUAAUGCUCGGUGCAAAGCAUCUAUA